CUCUUCUCUUGUGCGUUCGAGUGUGAGCCUGUCUGCAUGUGAGUCGGCUGCAUCCUCAGCACCUGAGACAUUACCUCCGGUCUCCACAGGGGAAGCUGCACCGCUGACACUUGACUCCUCGUGAAAAGACCCUGGUCGUUGGCUCAUCAGAUCUGUCAAUCAGGACUUUAACCCAGAAACUCUGCGGGUGUAAGAGAGGAGAGGGAGGUCAACAUGGGCUCCAGCUCCUCCUCCUAUGCCCCCAAAACCAUUUACCUGGAUGUGGACGGGAAAGUGCAAAAGGUGGUGUUCAGUCGCCACUGCAGCCCAUGUGACAUCAAGGAGCUCCUGUGUUCCUCAUCUAACAUCCCCAGGAACACUGCCAUCAUGAUGGUGGACCCAGAGGGCGCCUUGGUCUCCAUAGAUCCCACUAUGCCCACCAACUCUCCAAACUUUCUGUACAAAGUUGUCCCUCUGUCCACUGGCCAGCUCGGAGAGAAGGAGGACAUGUUUCAGAAUGUGCUGUCCCAGGUGGCGGAGCAGUUCAGCAGAGCCUUUCGCAUCAACGAGUUGAAGACUGAGGUCACCAACAGGCUAGCAAUGCUGGAGAAGAGGGUGGAACUUGAGGGCUUGAAGGUGGUGGAGAUCGAGAGGUGUAAGAACGAUCUGAAGAAGCUACGAGAUGAGAUGACUUCAAGAGGCGGUGGCAGGGUAAACUGUCCAUGCAAAUACAACUUCGACGAUGGGAAGAAGGUCACUCCUAGAAGAGAUGUCCCCAAUUACCCAAAGUACACGCUGUCUCAGGAGACGAUCGAGGCACUCAAGAAGCCGACAUUUGACGUCUGGCACUGGGAACACAAUGAGAUGCUGAGUUGUUUGGAGUAUAUGUACCAUGACUUGGGGCUGGUGAAGGAAUUCAACAUGAACCCCAUCACACUCAAACGCUGGCUGCUGGCGAUUCAGGAGAACUACCGUAACAACCCUUUCCACAACUUUCGCCACUGCUUCUGCGUUAGUCAGAUGAUGUAUGGCAUGAUUCACCUCUGCAACCUGCAGGAGAAGCUGACUCUCACCGAUAUGGGAAUUCUAAUGACAGCUGCUGUGUGUCAUGACCUGGACCACCCUGGCUACAACAACACGUACCAAAUCAAUGCCCGCACGGAGCUGGCAGUGCGCUACAACGACAUCUCCCCGCUGGAGAACCAUCACUGCGCUGUGGCCUUCCAGAUCCUCUCUCUUCCUGAGUGCAAUAUCUUUGCAAACGUGGAUCCAGAGGCGUUCAAACAGAUCCGACAGGCAAUUAUCACCCUCAUCCUGGCCACUGACAUGGCCCGACACGGCGAGAUACUAGACUCCUUCAAACAAAAAGUGGACAACUUUGACUUCACCAAUGAGGAGCAUGUGACAUGUCUGAAGAUGGUUUUGAUCAAGUGCUGCGAUAUUUCCAACGAAGUGAGGCCAACUGAGGUAGCCGAGCCGUGGGUGGACUGCCUCCUGGAGGAGUACUUCAUGCAGAGUGACAGGGAGAAGUCUGAGGGUCUCCCCGUGGCUCCCUUCAUGGACAGAGACAAAGUCACCAAACCCACCGCUCAGAUCGGAUUCAUCAAGUUCGUCCUCAUCCCAAUGUUUGAGACUGUCAUGAAGCUUUUCCCUCAGAUUGAAGAGAUCAUGGUUCAACCGUUGAGAGACUCUCGUGACCACUAUGAGGAGCUGAAACAGAUCGAUGACGCCAUGACAGAGGAGCCUUCGUUUGUAUUCAAAUUGAAGAAAGACUUCAAAAAAAGUGACUGAGGCCUCAGUGAAGACAUUCUGCGCUGCAUUCUGGAGAUGACAGAUGGAGAGAAAAAAGAGACUGCUCGGCUACAUACUGAACUAAACUUAGGCAUCAUGGUGGCAUGUCUUGAACUUUGACUUAGACUUUUGCACUGGAUGUAACAGAGAGGGACCUGGUGACCUUAUAUAUAUAUUUAUGGUGUUGAUGUUUUUCUCCCUACUUUUUUUUUUUUAUUAUUUCAUAGUGCCGUGAGAGUUUAAAGGACCAGUUUUUCCAAAAGACAUUGAUUCAAAAACAUUGAUUACCAUGCAUCAUAAAAAUGGCUGCAGAACAGGUCUCAUGGACAAAAGAUGCAGUAAAAAAUUCACUGCAAACUGCAAAUGAUUAUUUAUUCUAUCCCAACUUUUCAAGUAGAAAAAUAAAAUGCACCAAACUGGGAUGUUUUCACCUCACUGUAGCAAUAAGAUUUUGAUUGAUAUGGUCCACUGGGUGUUUUCCAAAGAAGAAUGCAGCUUUGCACCUUUAAUUUUUUUUUGUUCACAUACGAUGAUCAGUUUUAUUAAUCCAUCACAAAUCAACAUGUAUUUUCUUACCUUUUACACCUUUUAACAAAAGAAAGCCAUGUGGAGGCAUAUAUUGUCCAAGGUGUCACAUGAUUUGUCCUGUAAAAAUGUUCUAAGAUCUCACAAUACAUGUAAAACAGUGAUUUGUAUGUUUGUUCAGUCUUUAUACAUAAAGGUUA